AUAUUCAUAGACAAAUACUAUUUAUGUCCGCCAUUCAUUCUUUUGAGUUGCUUUUUCGUUUUACGAUUCCCAAAAGCACGAUUUGUCAUCAAGAUCUACGCAACAUCAUCGUGUACCAUAAUUAAAUAACCUACGCAAAAGCAGCUGAAACAAUAACUUCUACGUUCAAGGCACAUCGCCACCAGUGUAGUGUAACAGUGACGUGAUCCAUCCGUGAGAUCGUAUCGUACUUCCAAUGAUGCUUUUGCUUCCCUUUUACGUUAUCGGUUGCGAAGUAGGUUCGAGUGCCUGAUGGUGUUGAAACUAUGUGCGAUUAACGGAUUAAAUAUUGAGGACUCAGCAUGGGGGCGUUUUUGAAUAAGCCCGAAACUAAAAAAUACAACGAGAAUGGAGAAGGGAACGGUCUUCGCUAUGGCGUGGCGUCGAUGCAGGGUUGGCGAGUGGAGAUGGAGGAUGCGCACCACGCGCAGCUAACUUUAAACGGCACAUUAUCGGACUGGUCAUAUUUUGCCGUGUUUGACGGGCACGCGGGGGCGCGGGUAUCGGCUCAUUGCGCGGAGAACCUCCUGGAAUGUAUCUUGCAAACGGACGAGUUUCGGCGCGAGGAGAUAGCGGAGGCUAUCCGCGCCGGCUUCCUGGACCUGGACAAGAAAAUGCGAGAGCUGCCUGAACUGUCGAACGGGGAGGAGAAGUCCGGUUCGACGGCAGUGUGCGCUUUCGUGUCUCCGAAACAGAUAUACAUAGCUAAUUGUGGCGAUUCCCGCGCUGUUUUGGCGCGGAAUGGCGUACCGAUUUUUGCUACUCGCGACCACAAGCCCGAGCUACCGUCGGAGAAGUCUCGUAUCGUGCAGGCAGGUGGAUCUGUUAUGAUCCAGCGUGUGAACGGGAGCUUAGCUGUGUCACGGGCUUUGGGAGAUUAUGAGUACAAGAAAGUACAGGAUCGUGGUCCGUGUGAGCAGUUAGUGUCUCCGGAGCCUGAAGUUUCUGUACAUGAGCGGUGUGAGGCGGAGGAUGAGUUCUUGGUGCUGGCCUGCGAUGGGGUUUGGGAUGUAAUGAGCAAUGAGGCGUUGUGUGCAUAUGUGCACUCCCUUCUGCAACUUACCGAUGACCUUGUGGCUGUAACUAACCAGGUCAUUGACACCUGCCUCUACAAGGGCAGCAAAGACAACAUGAGCAUCGUGCUGGUGGUGUUCCCGGCUGCUCCCAAGCCAAGUCCGGAGGCCCAGCGAGCUGACAGGGAGUUGGACGAGACACUCCGGCAGAGGCUCACAGCCCUGAUCGAGAAGAGUGCCGGCACUGAAGAACGGGAGGAUUCCUCGUGCCACUUCUCCAGCGUCCUCAAGCAGCUGAUGCAGGAGAAUAUACCGGGGCUGCCUCCGGGGGGUGGACUCGCUGCCAAGCAAGCGCUUCUGGACAAAAUAUACAGGGAAUACUACCCGGAGCACGCGGACAGCUCUGACACCUUCGACUGCCAGGCCGAGUUGGCCGACGCAUUCGGCGCCAACUAGACGGCCGCGAUGAAUCGUACACUAUUACAAUGUUGCCAGGAUGAAAAAUUAUGAUUGCGAAUAAAUAGACUUGUAGAUUUUCUUUGCUGAUUGAUAUCCCUUUUGAUAAAUUUUGUUGUUAUCCAUCCGAAAUGUGUCCGAGACUUUUGCACCAAAUAAGUUGAAAGGUUUACUUGCGGCGUUUAAAAGUUUAAGCCGGGUACACACGGAGGCAACGGAGUUUUUUUUGGUAUCCUUAUUAUAGAGUGGCGAAUGGAAACUUUUGAGAGUUUAGUUGGCUCUGUGUGUACCCGGCUUUUGUAUUUGGAAUUAUUGUCACCGGCCUACGAUAACUUAUUUUUGAUCCGAGUAACAAAAUUACAGAAAAAAAUCAAUAGUUUCCCGCGAUCAACAUUGAUUUGACAUUUCAUUUAUAAUUAACAUAGUCUGUGGUUACCUUCCAAAUUUCAGCAGUUGACAGAUCGCUUAACAACGUUUAUAAUUUAAUUUUUAAUUUGAGCCCCGUCUACUCUGAUGCGUUCUAUGGCUAUCAAACCACUAGUGCGAUAUUGAAAACUUCGCAUUUUAUUCACAGAGUGUUAUAAUUUCUAAAUGAUUUUUUUUUGUUAGAAUAUAGAAUUUUCCAUUCAUACAAAAUCGUGAUUUAUUUAGGCAAUGCAUGGUACGGUGUUGCAGGCAACCUAAAAAUAAUAAGUUUCCUUAUUCUUUGGUAGUUUUUCACUUUAUAAAUUCCUAGAAUAUACUUAACCAUAACUGGACGGGUUCCAAUGUCUUUACUUUUCAUUUUCAUUGUUAAUUUUCUAUUUUUUUCUAUUUAUGUGAAUUGAUAUUGAAUUUGGUAACAAAACUGUAUUCGGUUCAAUAAAAAGAUCUUAUAAUCAUUAUUAUUAAAAAUAAAGGUUCCAAAAUUACUUACCAUAAAAAUGUUUCAUUUGUUGUAAUCAUCUUCCUAUAUUUGUAAAAGUGUACGAUUCACUCUUAACUUAGAUUCGAUUUCGUAGUUAAAGUCGAGUGAAAUUCCGCUUACAUUACUUUAAUUAUUGAAGAUGGCAACACUAUCUCUAUUUUUUGUACAUAAAAAUAGUCACGAAACCUGAAAGUAAUGUAGGUGUAAUUUUGUUUGAUAAAUUUCACCCUUUUUAUGUUGAUCGUCGUUUGACUGUCGCAAGCUUUGUAUAAAAAUACGCUACAGGAAUCACUGUAAUAUAGUUUGUCUAUGGAACACAGUGGCAACAUAAGAAGAGCGCGAACAUUUCAUUAAAUGACUUGAUUGCGUUGUCAAAAAACUCUGUUUUUCAUAGAGGUUGAAAAAAUCUAUCAUCUUUAUUAGUUGGAUUCUGUAGUUACGCGAAGUCAAGCAUAGUGUCCCAUAAGCCAAAAGUUAGAAAACAAAUCGGAAAGUUGCCCACUAGCACUGUACUGUAGCAUAUCGCUUAAACAGUACAACUGGCAACUCAUAAAAACUAAAACGAAACUUAGAUCGGGACUAUGCGAUUGAUUUUUUUUAAAACAUAUACUCUGAGGUCGGUAUCGUCAGUGGGUUUAAACCUCAACCUUUUUACUAGACGGUUAAUGAAAAAUCUUCACUGGUGUUGACAGUUUUUCAGCCUCUAUAUUUUUAAACUCAACUACAGUAGCUUAAAAUUAACUGCUGUGGUAUGGCAACAUUUUGUCGGAGUCAUUAAACGUUUUUUUUUAAUUAGCGUAAAAAUUUAUCGUAUACAUUUGCUCCACAGCAGAUUUUCACCGGUCAUAGAACAAAAUUGUAAAUGUGUGUGGCACAAACUAUCAUCUCAUUCAGCCCUCGUAGAAACUAACAUUGUAGUGAUCAUUUAUUAAAACAAUUUGUAUAGAAUUAAACGGGUUUUUUUCAGUUGGUCCAUUUUAUUUUCGUAGUUUAGAUUUAUUAUUUCUUGUGUUACAUCGUCAUAAAUGUCAUAAUAUUAGAUGUGUAAUAUAGAGAUUCGAGUAUAAUAAAUACAUAUUGUAAAACAAAAUUGUUUACAUAUUAGUUAUUGCAACGUAUUUUUUUUUGUGUCGUCUAAAUUUUAUAGUCUUUUCAUAAUGGCCAGUUUGCAGUAGUCUAUGGAAUAAUUCUUAUCAAUUUUAUUGUGUUCUAAUUUUGUUCGUUCCAUAUGGAUAAGCCUAAGAAAUUGAAAUUGCUAAGAGUACAGAGUUCUCAAUUUAUAUGCAUAGUAUUUUUUUUGUACAUAUUUUCUAUGAUGUCAACUUAAUAGUCAUUAUUAUGUCAAACUUAUAAAACUUCUUUUUUACUUAUUUUAAAUUUGAAAGGAAAUUGACAUUUUUCCAAAAUUACUUCAUUAAUAGAAUUUGAAGUAGGUACAUAGAUUAUUAGUUUUAUUUUGCUUUUCUAAAUUCGUUACGCGUCGGUUGUAUGAUUUAUUUUUUAUUUCCUUUUUUUGGAAUUGCUUUGAAAUUGCUUAGUACUUAGAUUAACUAAUAUGAAUGUCGUUUGGUAUUAUUGAAUCUGCGAGAUAGGUGUACGAAGAUGACCAUUACAAGUACCUUCUCGAAGAAAAAAGAAUUGAUCGUACGAAGGGAAUUCGAAACCAUAGACAUUUGCGCGCGAUUUCAAUUAUUCAAGAAUGGAACUGUUGUAACUUCCGAUUUUGAAUAUUUAAGCGCGUUUAGAUUGUUUUUAUUCUCUUUUGAUUACAAAUACAUAAUAUUAUGAAAAUGCUUCGUAUAAUUUCUCUUGUAAAUAAGAGACAAAUACUUUUGUACCUGUUUGAGCGGAUCAUUAGUGUAUUUGAAGGGACAAAAUUAAAAGUUUCUUCAUAUUUGAAAUUACAUAGAUAAUAAACAUUGAUAUACAGUUUAUGGUUAGAAAUUUAACGUGCACAUGAUUACUGUGACUAACGUUGUAGCAAAAUUACCUGUGGUAUAUAUAAUAAAAAUCCCCAUACAUUGUAAACAUAUCCAACAUAUUUCUUUAUCUAAAUAUACUCAUAUUAAUAAUUAUUUUAAAGAAUAUUAUUAUUGUAAAUUCGAACCAAGAUUCUCAUACGACCAUUGAGAGUUUCAAAUUUGCCUAAAUAUUUAUAAACACCCAUUUUUGCAAGGCCUACGUGCGAAUAUACAAUAAUAACAAUUUUAUAAACUCUUUUUGAAAGCCAACAAUUUUAAUACAAUAUAUCCAAGUACUUUUUACGGUAUGUUAUUUAAACUUAAUAAAAUUGAUGGUUGAUAAAUAGCCGAUUUCUGGUGGCAGCGUAAGAUUCAGUGUUACCAUCAAUAUGUUUUCAAAUCCCAUUUUUUACCCAUUGUUUCUUGGACAGUAUAUAUUUAAUGUAAUGUAUCGUUUUUAUUUCUGUACCAUAUCACGCUAAGCGACACGAUGCCUGUGUUACUUAAUGCGUAUCGCGUUUUUGUGCUAUAAAUAGGUUAUUUUACUUUAGAUAGAUUUUCCUGAAAAUAUAAUUAAACCAAAUAUUUUGGCAGUGGGUUUGAAUUGGCAUAUUAUUGUCCAUCCGUGGAAUACUGUAAUUUCUAUCGUUCGCAAAAUGGCGGCGUGUCUUAUGGAGUGUGUCUCGUUAUUAUCUAGUAGACGCUUGAACAAUAAAUACCUGUACCUUUACAAA